CAACAUCUCCUCUCAACUUUCGCCCUCCUCCUCGCCUCUCCCACCGUUUCGGCCUUGUCCUACACCCUCCAGACUUCCCUCCAAGGCCCCGCCUUCUUCGAUGCCUUCGCUUUCCAGAACACCUGGGAUCCCACCUUCGGCUACGUACACUACGUCGACCGUCCCACCGCCGAGUCCUUCGGCAUGCUAAACCCCGUCGGAGCCAAUACCAUCACCACCGGCGGCGCACCGGUCGUCUUCGGCGCGGAGCACACGCGUGUCCUCGAUCCAGCGGCCAAUCUGGGACGCCCUUCAGUGAAGUUGGUGAGCAAAGAGACCUGGACGAGAGGGCUGUUUGUGUUAGACUUGGAACAUAUGCCGGCGAAUGUGUGUGGAAGCUGGCCGGCGUUUUGGAUGUUGGGAAGUGGAGGUGAUGGGCAGGGUGUGUGGCCGAAGUUUGGAGAGAUUGACAUCAUUGAGUAUAUCAACGACUCGGGCGACAACCUUAUGGCGUUGCAUACGGCUCCAGGAUGUACGGUUGCUGGGGCUGGCCAGACGGGAACAUUGCUCACGAAUGAUUGUGGCAAAGAUGGUGGGUUCGCUGCUUGCGGUGUGGCUCCCACGCAGGCGAACAACUCUGGUGCUUCUUUCAACGCCAAUGGAGGUGGUGUCUAUGCCAUGGAGUGGACUUCCGCCGCUAUUCAGAUCUGGUUCUUUCCUCGACAAAACAUUCCGUCGUCUCUUGUCAAUGGAGACCCAUCUCCAGACACAUCGACCUUCGGCGUUCCAUCUGCCAACUUCCAAGGCAGCUGCGACAUCGACACGUACUUCUCCAACGCGUCCAUGAUCUUCGACAUCGACUUCUGCGGCAGCUAUGCCGGGCCCCUGUUUAACCACGGCGGCUGCCCAGUCCUCGACCCGACCAACGAGUGGACAAGCUGCAACAAAUUCGUGGCCGCAAACCCGCAGGCCUACGUCGAAUCCUACUGGGCGGUAAAUUAUCUGAACGUUUAUCAG